CACUCAACCCGGAAAAGCAGCUUUCAUAUAAACCAUGAAACACCCAUCUUCCACAACACUGUCACUUUACACUGGGAAUGCAACAUCAAUGAACUACCUGUGGAUCACUGGGCCUCACAUUAAGAACUCUACAAGCAGCAGAAUGGGGACUUUUUAAAGGCUGCUUGUUUUUGAUCCAAAGACUCACUAAUAAGACAUGGGGAAUGUACUGAAACCAGCAACACCUGAGACUGAGAAAGCAUGCCUAGAGUCAAAAAAGAAAGAAGCAGACAACACCACUCUGGUUGUGCUACAUGAUUACCCGCCUCCUGAUGUCAGCGAGCCUAUAUAUACGGUUGGAGAGAAGCUGCGAGUGCUUUCGGAAGAAGGGAGUUGGUGGAAAGUUAUUUCAAUAGUUACAGGAAAUGAAAACUACAUUCCGAGUAACCACGUGGCAAAAGUCUACCAUGGCUGGCUCUUUGAGGGAGUAGUAAGACUCAAAGCAGAGGAAUUGCUGCAACUUCCCAACAACAGAAUCGGAUCUUUCAUGAUCAGAAACAGCCAGACUGACAGAGGUCAGUACUCCCUGUCAGUCAAGCACAGAGCAGUGAAGCACUAUCGAAUCAGCCGCUUGCCCAACAACUGGUACUACAUCUCUCCUCGUCUCACUUUCCAGUGCUUGGAAGACCUAGUCAGUCACUAUUCUGAAACUGCUGAUGGCCUCUGCUGUGUCCUCACAAGCCCCUGCCUCACCCACAACAGCAUCCGCAACCUGAACCUGACCAAUCAGCCUCCACCUGUGCUGAUGCGUCGGAACCGAUUCACUUGGGACAGUGUGGAAAGGUCAGAGCUGAUGAAGGAGAACGCAGUAGGUAACUGGGAGAACGACGAAUCUCUCCUAAGCUUUGGUGUACGGAACAGCAUUGCAUCCUAUUUGUCCCUGUCAGGAGGUCAAGAAGAUAACUCAAACAAAAGCAGCCGCAAGAAAAAGAGCAAAUCCAUGUAUGGGGUCCCGAGGAGUGCGGAAAACAACAUGAUUCUUACUGAAGAGGAUUUCUCUGAAGAGCAAGCUGAACAAGCAUGAAGGCCUCUGAGAACGGACACACACGUUGUAUUGACUCAGUGACUCCUCAAACGAAGGACUUCACAUUUACAACAUAUCUUCUGCAUACAUUAGUGUUAUUCUGACUGUGUUUUGGGAAAAUGCUGUGUAUGGCAAACAUUAAUGGUUUCUACUUCUUUACGGGAGAUUAAGAGACUUUAUUAAAAAAGAAGAAGAAACAUCUUGCUGAACUGCCACAUCCAAGCGGACUGUGAUUUCUUUAUUGUUUUUUAAUGCAAAUAUGAUGCUCAAUUAAUCAUUUGCACCAGGUUGCAAUGCACAUAUAUGUUUUCAUGUGUGUAUGGAUGCUUGUUUGUUUGUUUCUAUGAAAGUUUGUGACCCUUAAAACUUGUGAACGACCUGUUAUAAUGAAACAUGCACAGACCUUAUUGUUAUAAUAAAGUGUUCCUCCAAAACACAGAACAAACUAAAAGAAUCAAUGUGACUUCUGGAUUGACAAAACAUUUUACUGUAACUCAUUCGUAGUGUAUGUUUAAUUUACUAGGGGCUUGUACAGUCUGUAGUCUAUAAUGUUCUCUUAUCAGUUUUCAUAUUGUAAUAGAAUAAAUAAAUAAAAUAAUAUACUAAAAUUAUUUUGCGUAAUAAUGAUUUAAAGGGGGGUCCCAUCCAGUUAAAGUGCGCAGGAUGUCACACAGCUUGGGCGGCGCCGGUUCGCGUCCGGGCUGUGCAAAGAGGCUGAACUUUGCUGGGGACCCCGAGGGGAGCGUCUCAUUGGCUCUGACGCUGCCGGGGUGUGGGAUGAGAAACUCGCACUGUAAAAAACACAGUUUCCUCUUUUCUAACCCUAACCAACAACAACAAAAACUUGCACUCUUUGCAUGUUCAAAAGUAUGCUGUAUGUGAGGAAAACGUUUCAAAACAAGAAAUCUGAUUGGAAACUUUUGUCUAACUGCAAAGCAUCUUUUCAGGUACAGGACUUGUCAGGUGGCUGUUCCUUGACAAGUCUAAAAUAACCUUUUAUUUAUUUCACUCAAAGUCAGCUUUUUACUUUCUCAUGUUGGCAUUUAAGCAGCACAGCAAGGAAGUGUAAGUUAAGAAUUUGUGCACGAGACACCACCUCUGAUCAGAUUUAUAAGUGCUGUUGCUACAGAUAGGAUCCAAUGGGGGUGUGACCUAUAACAUAAGUCUAUAACACCACAAUUCAAACCGUAAAGCUCAGGUAAAGAUGAAUACGAUUUAUUUUUUCUUUAACAAUCCAUUGUAGAGUCAGCUUUCUGUUCAUAUAAACAAUGAACACGGUAUGUGUUCAUCCGUCAUGAAAAUCAAUAGCAUCUGCUGACAAUGUUUAUUCUAAUUCAAAGGCUUCCUGUUUUUAUCAAGCAAAUGCUUUUAAAUGUGCAUAUCUCUGUAUCGCUUCAAAUUCAUUGCCUACGUGAAGAAUAUCGUUUAUUGUGUUUGUUAUUAAGUUGUUGAGGUAAAUAAAGAUGGAUCAAGUUUAAUAAUACUGUAUGACAGGCAGUAAUGGUAAAUGUUACAAUGUACAUACAGUAUAUAAUGUAUUGAUGACCACAUGAAUGUUCUUAAUAUUAUUAAAUUGUUGGUACAGCAAA